AUGUGGAGAGGUGGAGAAGUGGAGAGGUGGAGAUGUGGAGAGGAGGAGAGGUGGAUAAGUGGAGAGGUGGAGAGGAGGAGAAGAGGAGAGGUGGAGAAGAGGAGAGGUGGAGAGGUGGAGAUGUGGAGAUGUGGAGAGGUGUUGAGGUGGAGAGGAGGAGAGGUGGAUAAGUGGAGAGGUGGAGAGGAGGAGAAGAGGAGAGAGGAGAGGUGGAGAGGUGGAGAGGUGGAGAAGUGGAGAAGAGGAGAGGUGGAGAAGUGGAGAUGUGGAGAGGAGGAGAGGUGGAGAUGUGGAGAGGAGGAGAAGAGGAGAGGUGGAGAGGAGGAGAAGAGGAGAGGUGGAGAAGUGGAGAAGAGGAGAGGUGGAGAAGUGGAGAAAUGGAGAGGUGGAGAAAUGGAGAAGAGGAGAAAUGGAGAGGAGGAGAAGUGGAGGAGGAGAGGUGGAGAAAUGGAGAGGUGGAGAGGAGGAGAAGUGGAGAGGUGGAGAGGUGGAGACGAGGAGAGGAGGAGAAGAGGAGAGGCGGAGAGGAGGAGAGGUGGAGAUGUGGAGAGGCGGAGAGUUGGAGAGGCGGAGAGUUGGAGAGGCGGAGAGGUGGAGAAGAGGAGAGGUGGAGAGGUGGAGAAGAGGAGAGGUGGAGAGGAGGAGAGGUGGAGAGGUGGAGAGGGGGAGAGGCGGAGAGGAGGAGAGGUGGAGAGGGGGAGAGGCGGAGACGAGGAGAGGUGGAGAGGGGGAGAGGCGGAGAGGAGGAGAGGUGGAGAAGAGGAGAGGUGGAGAGGCGGAGAAGAGGAGAGCUGGAGAGGUGGAGAAGAGGAGAGCUGGAGAGGUGGAGAGGCGGAGAGGAGGAGAGGCGGAGAGGUGGAGAAGAGGAGAGCUGGAGAGGUGGAGAAGAGGAGAGGUGGAGAGGCGGAGAGGAGGAGAGGCGGAGAGGUGGAGAGGCGGAGAGUGGGAGAAGAGGAGAGCUGGAGAGGUGGAGAGGUGGAGAAGAGGAGAGCUGGAGAGGUGGAGAGGCGGAGAGGAGGAGAGGCGGAGAGGUGGAGAGGCGGAGAGUGGGAGAAGAGGAGAGCUGGAGAGGUGGAGAGGUGGAGAAGAGGAGAGCUGGAGAGGUGGAGAAGAGGAGAGCUGGAGAGGUGGAGAGGCGGAGAGGAGGAGAGGCGGAGAGGUGGACAAGAGGAGAGCUGGAGAGGUGGAGAGGUGGAGAAGAGGAGAGCUGGAGAGGUGGAGAAGAGGAGAGCUGGAGAGGUGGAGAAGAGGAGAGCUGGAGAGGUGGAGAGGCGGAGAGGAGGAGAGGCGGAGAGGAGGAGAGCUGGAGAGGUGGAGAAGAGGAGAGCUGGAGAGGUGGAGAAGAGGAGAGCUGGAGAGCAGGAGAGGCGGAGAGGUGGAGAGGCGGAGAGGGGGAGAAGAGGAGAGCUGGAGAGGUGGAGAAGAGGAGAGCUGGAGAGGUGGAGAAGAGGAGAGCUGGAGAGGCGGAGAGGUGGAGAGGAGGAGAGGUGGAGAGGUGGGCAAGAGGAGAGCUGGAGAGGUGGAGAGGUGGAGAAGAGGAGAGCUGGAGAGGUGGAGAAGAGGAGAGCUGGAGAGGUGGAGAAGAGGAGAGCUGGAGAGGUGGAGAGGCGGAGAGGAGGAGAGGCGGAGAGGAGGAGAGCUGGAGAGGUGGAGAAGAGGAGAGCUGGAGAGGUGGAGAAGAGGAGAGCUGGAGAGCAGGAGAGGCGGAGAGGUGGAGAGGCGGAGAGGGGGAGAAGAGGAGAGCUGGAGAGGUGGAGAAGAGGAGAGCUGGAGAGGUGGAGAAGAGGAGAGCUGGAGAGGCGGAGAGGUGGAGAGGUGGGCAAGAGUAGAGCUGGAGAGGUGGAGAGGCGGAAAGGUGGAGAGGAGGAGAGCUGGAGAGGUGGAGAAGAGGAGAGCUGGAGAGGCGGAGAGGCGGAGAGGAGGAGAGGCGGAGAGGCGGAGAAGAGGAGAGCUGGAGAGGUGGAGAAGAGGAGAGCUGGAGAGGUGGAGAGGUGGAGAGGCAGAGAGGAGGAGAGGCGGAGAGGAGGAGAGCUGGAGAGGUGGAGAGGUGGAGAAGAGGAGAGCUGGAGAGGUGGAGAAGAGGAGAGCUGGAGAGGUGGAGAGGCGGAGAGGAGGAGAGGCGGAGAGGUGGAGAGGCGGAGAGGGGGAGAAGAGGAGAGCUGGAGAGGUGGAGAGGUGGAGAAGAGGAGAGCUGGAGAGGUGGAGAAGAGGAGAGCUGGAGAGGCGGAGAGGCGGAGAGGAGGAGAGGCGGACAAGAGGAGAGCUGGAGAGAGGAGAGCUGGAGAGGUGGAGAAGAGGAGAGCUGGAGAGGUGGAGAGGCGGAGAGGCGGAGAGGAGGAGAGGCGGAGAGGAGGAGAGCUGGAGAGGUGGAGAAGAGGAGAGCUGGAGAGGUGGAGAAGAGGAGAGCUGGAGAGGUGGAGAGGAGGAGAGGCGGAGAGGUGGAGAGGCGGAGAGGGGGAGAAGAGGAGAGCUGGAGAGGUGGAGAAGAGGAGAGCUGGAGAGGUGGAGAGGUGGAGAGGCGGAGAGGCGGAGAGGAGGAGAGGUGGAGAGGUGGGCAAGAGGAGAGCUGGAGAGGUGGAGAAGAGGAGAGCUGGAGAGGCGGAGAGGCGGAGAGGAGGAGAGGUGGAGAGGUGGGCAAGAGGAGAGCUGGAGAGGUGGAGAGGUGGAGAAGAGGAGAGCUGGAGAGGCGGAGAGGCAGAGAGGCGGAGAGGAGGAGAAGAGGAGAGGGGGAGAGGUGGAGAGGCGGAGAGGCGGAGAGGGGGAGAGGCGGAGAGGUGGAGAAGAGGAGAGCUAGAGAGGCGGAGAGGAGGAGAGGUGGACAGGUGGAGAGGUGGAGAAGAGGAGAGGUGGAGAGGAGGAGAGGCGGAGAAGAGGAGAGCUAGAGAGGCGGAGAGGAGGAGAGGUGGACAGGUGGAGAGGUGGAGAAGAGGAGAAGAGGAGAGGUGGAGAGGUGGAGAGGAGGAGAGGCGGAGAAGAGGAGAGGUGGAGAAGAGGAGAGCUAGAGAGGCGGAGAGGAGGAGAGGUGGACAGGUGGAGAGGUGGAGAAGAGGAGAAGAGGAGAGGUGGAGAGGUGGAGAGGAGGAGAGGCGGAGAAGAGGAGAGGUGGAGAGGUGGAGAAGUGGAGAGGUGGAGUAA